CAGAAAACAACUGUAGUUGUGCUUCUAAUUUGAAAAAAAAAUAUCCAUUUUAUUUUCAUAAUGUCCGUUGUGAGAUAUUCCGCGUUUGUGAUGGCGCUUUUUUGUUUAGUGAGCGUAAAUGCUAUGUCUGGUGAUGAAGAAGCAGGUGUAAGAGAUGCUUUGCGUCCUUAUGUACAAGAAUGUGCAGAUGAAUAUGGAAUUACUGAGGAACAAUUCGAAGAAGCAAAGAAGAAGGCCAGCACUGAUGAUAUCGAUCCUUGUUUCAUGAGCUGUUUCUUGAAGAAAGCAGAAUUUUUCGACGCCCAGGGCAAAUUUGACGUUGACAGCACUAUGGCGUUCGCCAAGGAGCAUUUGAGCAGUGAACCGGCUAUGAAGUUCGUUGAAGCGGUCGGAGAUGAAUGUGUCAAAAUAAACGAUGAAGAUGUCAGCGACGGUGACAAAGGGUGUGAUAGAGCCAAAUUGCUGUUUGAUUGUAUAGCCGAAACUAAGAAGACGUGCUUAUCUGAUGAAGAUAAGAAAAUCCUUAGGGAUGGUCUGGAUUCUAUCGCUCACGAUUGUUUACAUGGAUGCGCUAUUGAUGAAAAGGAAUUAGAUAACUUAGAUGCCAACGACAGUAUUGAGUGUUUCAAGAAAUGCUUGAUGACGGAUGCUGGAUUCUUGGACUUAAAUGGAAAAUAUAACAAGGACAUGUUAAGUGAAUCUUUGUCCAAGGUAACUGGAAAUCAAGACAAUGCUGAAAGGAUCCUAAAUGAACUAGAUCGCUGCUUUACUGAAAAUGGAGACAAUUCUGAAGCCAACGAAGAUGCAUUUAUGAAGCGUAUUGAUAUUCUAUUCGCUUGUAUGAGAGAAAUUCGAGAGGCAUUGUCAGAUAGAGAAAAGUCAGCUAUUCAAAAAGAGUUAACUUCGGUUGGUCUUCAAUGUAUACAGCAACAUCCCUUGUCACUGUCUGACAUUAGGUCAUUUAGAAACAAAAUGAUACCUGAUGGAAAGAAACCAAAGUGCUUCGUAGCCUGUCUGUUCAAGAAAAUUGGUGUGAUGGAUGACAUGGGAAUGAUAUCACCUAUGAAAGCGCAGGAAAAUGCCAAAAAGGUUUUCAAAGAUAAUGAAGAACAUAUUAAGAAUGUCAAUGAGAUUAUGGAGAAAUGUUCGUCAGUGAAUCAACAGAACACGAGUGAUGGAAACAAAGGAUGUGACAGAGCGAAGUUAGCUUUUAAUUGUUUCACAGAAAAUGCUGACAAAUAUGGAUUCGAUUUCGAUUUCUGA